AUGUCGUCAAGCACGACCAUCGAGGCCCAGCACAGAGGGUCGCGGCGCGGAGGAGGAGCUCGAUGCAGUCACUCGUCUCGUCUCGAGGUUCCCGUGCUGGAUCUGGGGUCCAACAUGUCCACGCAGCUCGCUCACGAAGGCAACGGUACCCUUUUGCAGCGAGCUCAGUCCUGUGCGCCUGACGAACGUCACAACAUCCUGCAAGCACUAUCUUACAAGAGCGCCGAUCUCAGCAAGGCCCAAAUGUGCGGACACUGCGACCUGCUCACUGCAAGGCUCAUCGAAUCAUUGUUGCAUUAUCUGCUUUAUCGGAAGAAUCAAGUCCCCGAGCCGAUCAACUUGCUGCGCAUGCGGAAGGUGUCGGCAUCCCCCAAGGCUACACUCGCAAAAGGCCGCCGCUCGCACGGUGACUCGACGCGCACGCGGAGAGAAGACAAGCUCCUUCGCAAGCUUGCCCAGCUUGGGCACCACCUGGAGGCGGCAGUCAAGCAGCUAAGCGACAACAGCGGCGAAGGUCCAUCCAGCCGUCCUCAUGCAUCUCAGGACCUCCGGCUGCUGAUCGUCAUGGGAACCAGUGCUAGCAUGCCGCGGGAUGUCCUUGUCUUGGAUCUCGUCCAAGCCGUCGGGCGGGGCAGCGGCACCGAGUCUGACCUCUUCAACGUCUUCGAGGCAGGUCGACUGGACGGGCUCGAGACCGCGAGCAGGGAAAACGACAUGGAAGAGCGUCUGGCUGAUCUCCUUUCACAAGCAUCCGAUCAACGAAGAGACGCAGCGAGAGACAAGACGAGCAGCAUUUGGGGCGGCAAGCUGAUACGCCUGGUAAUGAAAAGUGAAAGCCUCGAAUCCUUCUUCGGGACUCAGCUCGCCCCGACCAAGACGCACAUCUUCCUCAGCGGGCCUGCGUCGUUUCGCUGUUCAGGCUGGUCGGCUCGUCGUCAUCUCGACUUUAACUUGGAUCACUUGUGCGAAGCCAUUCCGACAGACCAAUUUGACCCGACUUCAGGGUCCACAGACACCAGCAUGUCCUCUUUGAUCGCUGACGGUGCUGAAGCAGAUCGCAGGAGAGCGCCAUCGAGCCCGAUGCCAGAUGUACACAGAAGAUGGGAGGAGUCACCACGCGACUCGUCAUCCUCUGUGGCAGAAUCAUGGCCGGAGGACAGCGCUUCCGAACAACUUUGGGAGUCGAGCAUCAGCUCCAUGUCUGAGGACAGCAGGCCACCGUCGGUGGCGGACAAGAGUUGGCAGGCAGACAGCAACAGGGAAGGUGUGUCAGAUGGAUGGUUUCCGGCAUGCAGCAGUCCAUCCGUCAACGGAUCGAGUUCGCCGAGUCAAGCACAGCACAGCAUUCAGGCAAGCCGCACCGGAUCUUCGCUUGGAUCGUCGACCGUAUACGGGCACGAUACCAACGACACAGCCAUGGAAGUCAGCCCCGAAACGAAUGAUACAGCCAUGCAGCUCCGCCCCGACACCUACGAUACAGCCAUCGAAGUCAGCCUCGACACCCACGACACAGCCAUGAACACCAGCCUCGACGUUCUACCCAUCUCUACCGAGGGGCUCGACACGCGAACGGAUGGCGCAGAUCUCACGGACGACAGUGCUAGCAGCCUUUCGGUCGGCAGCGCAGCGGUCGACACCGGCACAAGCGUGAUUCAACGUCGUUCUCGCGAACCCAGGGCGGGCGGACUGCUUGCUCGCAAUCUGCUUCCACCCAGACCCAGCCGACAGAGCUCGUACGCCGCUUCCGACUCGAGCUCGGUGCGAUCCGUUGCCUCCCUCAAGCGUGCUCCUCGCUGUGUCGGUCUGCAGGUCGAUUUUACCGAUCCAGACAAGGUGACAGACAGCAGUGGCUCAGAGGCCGCGGCGGAAGAACGCAAGGAUUACUGCUGGUACCAGUGCGAGGUGGUGCUGGAAGGCUAUCGUUGA